AUGGAGCGCUAUAAAAAGAUCAAGCGAUUGGGUGCCGGAGCUCAAGGAGACUGCUAUUUGGUUCGCGACAAAAAAACAGGAAAGCUAUAUGUACGCAAAGACAUCAAGCUCUCCUUGCUAGAAACGAAGCAGCGUCAGGAGGCCCUCAAAGAAUCGACCAUACUCCGAGACGUGAGCACUCACCCGAAUGUCAUUACAUAUUUCAACUACCAGGUAGAUAAAAGGACGCAGAUUCUUCACACCCUCAUCGAAUACGCGGAUGGUGGAGACUUGGAACAACAAAUCCAGCUGCGGCGUAACCUUCUUGACGAGCAGCUUGAAGCAGGACGUACAGAGAAUGACUCUAGCCCACCAGGGACAAACGACGAGAACCGAAGUCCCUACGCCCCUCUUUUCUUCAAAGAAGAACAUGUUCUUUUGGUAUUCGUUCAAGCGCUCGCCGGUUUAUACCAUCUGCACUCCAGAGGUAUUCUCCAUCGGGACGUCAAAAGCCAAAAUAUAUUCUUAUCUAGCGCCGGCUUGAUCAAAUUGGGAGACUUUGGAAUAGCGCGACAGCUCAAUAAGGAGAACAUGGCCGAAACAUAUGUUGGCAGUCCGUGCUACAUGUCUCCGGAACUCUACAAACGGGAGCCAUACAACUACAAGAGCGAUAUCUGGGCGUUAGGUUGCGUCCUCUUCGAGCUCUGCUGUCUGAGAAAGCCGUUCCAGGGGUCGAAUAUCGUGGUCCUGGCGAUGCAGGUUACGCAGAGCAAGCCGCCGUCGCAUCUCGAUACUCCACCUGGUUUGUAUCCUCCUCCGUUGCACCACUUGGUCAAUCGAAUGCUUCAAGUUGACCCCGUCGAGAGGCCAUCAGCGGCAGAGAUUAUGGCCACUCCGUAUAUACUGAAGUCCAUGAAGAAGCUGAUCAAAAGGUACCCUCAACUGCACUACCUACAAUCCUACCUCAAUGAUCUCUCCCCUUCAGUCGCAAGAGAACUUCCCCCCUCUAAUCCGCCGUAUCAUGGCUCUGUCGACUCUGGACCGAAUGCAGCCUCGGGGGGUGUUGUUAUCACAGCCAGGGAGCUUCCUCAAGCGGAUAACCGCGAGGACGCGGUAUAUCGGUCUGACGAGCCACGACGCCCUUCGUGCAUCAAGCUGGAAGAGCUCCUUAAUAAUGAGUUGAUUGCCAGUGACACUUGA